CCUCUCGCUCGUGUUCGUGUAGCUCUUGCUUCGCUCUCACCAUAUGUUGUGCAUGUGAAGAGAGAGAUAUAGAGGGUGAGACCGUGAGAGCAAGCUAGCUAGAGAGAGUCACAAGACACAAGCUAAGCGCAGACACACACGCACACACCAAAGUACCUUGUCACUCUCGCACGGGCAUUGCCAACACGAAUCAGCUAGCGUUUAGGUCAUCGUCUUAGUCUCUCGAGCGAGGCAGCAGCAUGGCUCGCGUCGUCCUCUUGCUGGUAUUGUUAGCCACGCUCGCGGGCAUCCUGCCGCCGUCGGCGUGCCAGGCGGCGACCAAGUGCGAGUACCCGAGGCCCUCCGGCCACGGGUACAAGCACCCGGUGGGCGUGCGGAAGGUCGUCGUGGACGCGGGCGGCGCCGGCGACUUCACCUCCAUCCAGCAGGCCGUCGACUCCGUGCCGGUGAACAACAAUGUGCGCGUCAUCAUGCAGAUCAACGCCGGCACCUACAUAGAGAAGGUGCUGGUGCCGGCGUCGAAGCCGUACAUCACGUUCCACGGCGCCGGGCGCGACGUGACGGUGGUGCAGUGGCACGACCGGGCCAGCGACCCCGGCCCCGACGGGCAGCCGCUCCGCACCUACAACACCGCCUCCGUAACCAUCCUCUCUAACUAUUUCACCGCUAAGAACAUCAGCUUCAAGAACACAGCUCCGGCACCAAUGCCCGGCACGCAGGGUGGGCAGGCGGUGGCUUUCCGCAUCUCCGGCGACAAGGCCUUCUUCUUCGGGUGCGGGUUCUACGGCGCGCAGGACACGCUGUGCGACGACGCCGGGCGGCACUACUUCCGCGACUGCUACAUCGAGGGCUCCAUCGACUUCGUCUUCGGCAACGCCCGCUCCCUGUACAAGGACUGCGAGCUGCGGUCGACGGCGGAGCGGUACGGGUCGGUGGCGGCGCACGGGCGGCACGACCCCUGCGAGCGCACCGGCUUCGCCUUCGUCAACUGCCGGGUCACCGGCACGGGGAGGCUCUACGUCGGCCGCGCCAUGGGCCAGUACUCGCGCAUAGUCUACGCCUACACCUACUUCGACAGCGUCAUCGCGCCCGGCGGAUGGGACGACUGGGACCAUGCCAGCAACAAGAGCAUGACGGCGUUCUUCGGGAUGUACAGGAACUGGGGCCCCGGCGUCGACGCCGUGCACGGCGUCCCGUGGGCGCGGGAGCUCGACUACUUCGCCGCCCGCCCCUUCCUCGGCAAGAGUUUCGUCAACGGAUACCACUGGCUCACGCCUGAUGUCUGAGCAGACGCUCGACAGAGCCGCCACGGAUGUGUUACAGGCCGCUACAGAUCUGUUGCAGCAAACCAGAUUCAUUAAUACGUACAGCACAAAACACAGAAUAGUAGAACACCAUUCUGUAAGCUUCUACUUCAUGCAUAUAGCGAUGCAGCAGCAAGUAUAGAUAUCGAGAUUCGUUUAGUCGUUUCCAAAGUGAAGUACGAUUCUGUACAAGAUUUAUAGAGUUUCGAAAACAUUGUUAUAGUAUGUACCAAUGUAACUAUGGGGGUGUUUGGAUCCUUUGCUUA